GGUUGAGAAGGCAGAAAGCAGAGGGCAGCAUGAGCGCCGAGCCGCAACCGAGGGAGCCUGUUGGCGAGAAGCAUUACAGAAUGGCCUUAGCCGCAGUAAGUGCUCAGGGAGACAGGAAGGAGGCAAUGAAAAUACUGGAGGAAAAAUUAAACAAGGCUAAAGGUGAGCUGCUAAAACUGUCGAAUUCUUAUGACACUGCCCUUGAUGAUAUCCAGAACCACUACAUGAACGCCUCUUCAACCCUGACGUCAAUAAAAGAGGCAGCGGAAAAGGCUUUGGAUGCCUACAUGCUGGAGUUCCAAAGGAGACUAAGGGAUCAGCUGGAAAAGAUGGAAGAGCUUAAAAAGGCACUCUCACCUGUUCCAAAUAACAAGAUGAUCUCUGAUUCCUACAGUGAGAACGCCAUGACCAACAUCAGAAAUGACAACAGUGUGCACUCCAGUGUCAUGGAGAUUCAUGUGGAAACUGUCCCAAGCAUCAGAUUUUUGGGCAAUGAAGCAUUCCUCUUCCGGGUAGUCAACAACAAGUCCCUUCCAUACUUUGGCUGCAUCACCAUAGACAACAAAGUAUCAGCCAGUGACUUGCACCUUCACCGGGACAUUGAUUCAGAAACUCAAGAGUACACAUUUCGUAUUGGUGUGCCCAAAGAAGCUUCAGAUUGUAAAGACCUUAAAUCCAGAAUCAAGUUUGAGGUUUUUCAAAAGGACACAGGAACCUCAAUAUUUCUUUCUCCAGUAUGGGUCACUGAUCAUUAUGAGGUAAAGUUUGGCUUCACGAAAAAGACACCUUUUUCAGUUGGUGUGUACCUCUUAGAUCAGCAUAUUUCUGGCAGCCCUGCAAAUAUUGAUCCUGAAAAGGACUUACUUGACAAAGAAACUUCUGAUAAUCAAGUCAUGGAAGUGGUGAAAACAUCUACGAAGAGAGGGAUUGGAACAGAAGACCCAGUCGUUGAAGCAGCCCUCGGAGAGAUAAACAAAAACAGCUAUUCCAACAAUGGCAUAAUUGCUGAGGGUGUCUUCAAGAUCUCAAAGAAGACAAAAAUACCAUCUAACCCUCCCAGUAAUAACUUCCUGAAGCAGGAUUCUCCACAGACAAAAGCUGCCACCAAGGUGGCGUCAGGUGCGUCAUGCAGUUCCCAGACCACCCAGGGAAGACCAGGCACUCAGGAAGGAAAAUCUGCUGGACCAACCAGUUUCUACCAGCAAAUAGCCAACAUUAUGAUGGAAAGAGAAGGUGCUAGACUGGCCAAAAUGAUGAAGGGAAAAGUAAAUGAACCAGUCAGUAGUCUCAAGGUACAGCCAGAAACUGGUCCAGCCGAGAUGGGCAAGGAAGAACAAGGUACUCAUUUAUUUGCAGAUAUCUGCCGUCGUCAUCCAGAUGAUCUUGAGGAGUCUGCCCAAAAUGGCUUCCCUAAGAUUUUGGCAAGUCUUACUAAGGAUCAUCCAAAGAAAUUAGAAGACUGUUCAGAUGACAAGACAGUAAUCAUGAAGGAUCUGACAGUUACCAUCACCAAUGACAAGACCUUCCCGUGUAAAGAUAAGCUGAAGCAGAAAAAGAGUCUGAGUGAACGCACACCUGUGAAUUUCGUGGUCAAGACGAUGUCGUUCAAUAGAGUGGAAGGCCAUUUGCUAUAUUCAACUUCCAUCACAAGUCCAUAUGCCUUGGAUCGACCAGUUGGGAUUAUGGAGCAUUCCAGGUAGAUAUCUGCAUGCCACUGAAAAAUGAGCUUGCACAAGGUAUUUUGAACUGCCACAGGGCUUCACUGAGACUAUUUUUCUUUUUUUUUGGUUACUUUAUUCUAAUCAGUUGGAAAUAAAAUAGCGUAGCUUUUCAUGCUUAUCCUGUGUAAUUGAUCCAUAUAAAAGAAAAUGCUUU